AUGAGGCAUCUAUGGCUGCUGCUGCUGUGUGUUUUCUCAGUUCAAACUCAAGCUGCUGAUGAUGACUACGAUGAUUCGGACGGCGUCCUUGUCCGUGGUCAUCGACCGAUUGACAGGAGAAAGGAAGCGGCUCCUAGCCUGAGACCUGCCCCCCCUCCUAUCAGUGGAGGUGGAUAUCGAGCCCGUCCAGCCAAAGUUGCUGCCAGUCAGAAGAAAAUGGAAAUAAAAGCCCCUGAUGCAGGAGGCUGUCUUCAUGCCGACCAAAACCUGGGAGUGUUGUGUCCUACAGGGUGUCAGUUGCAACAGACUUUGAUAAACCAGGAAAAGCCAAUCAAGGCCAGUGUUGCUGAGUUAAAUGGCAACAUACAGUCGGUUUCUGAGACCUCUUCCACCACCUUCCAGUAUCUGACUCUCCUAAAAGACAUGUGGAAAAAGAAGCAGGCACAAGCUAAAGAUAAUGAAAAUGUCAUAAAUGAAUAUUCCUCCAUUCUGGAAGACCAGAGAUUAUAUAUUGAUGAGACCGUGAAUGAUAAUAUCCCCCUUAAUCUUCGUGUGCUCCGCUCCAUCCUGGAGAACCUGAGAAGCAAAAUACAAAAACUAGAAUCUGACAUCUCAGCUCAGAUGGAAUACUGCCGUACCCCAUGCACUGUCAGCUGCAAUAUCCCCGUGGUGUCUGGCAAAGAAUGUGAGGAGAUCAUUAGGAAAGGAGGGGAGACAUCUGAAAUGUAUCUCAUUCAGCCUGACACCUCCAUCAAGCCAUACAGAGUCUACUGUGACAUGGAAACAGAAAAUGGAGGAUGGACAGUCAUACAGAACCGUCAGGAUGGCAGUGUUGACUUUGGCAGGCAGUGGGACCCAUACAAACAAGGAUUUGGUAAUAUUGCAACCAAUGAUGAUGGGAAGAAGUACUGUGGCUUGCCAGGUGAAUAUUGGCUUGGGAAUGAUAAGAUUAGCCAGCUUACCAGGAUAGGACCCACAGAACUUCUGAUUGAAAUGGAGGACUGGAAAGGAGACAAAGUGAAGGCACAUUAUGGAGGGUUCACAGUGCAGAACGAGGCUAACAAGUAUCAAGUCUCAGUGGACAAGUACAAAGGGACUGCUGGCAAUGCCCUCAUGGACGGAGCCUCUCAGCUGAUGGGGGAAAACAGAACCAUGACCAUCCACAAUGGCAUGUUCUUCAGCACAUACGACAGGGACAACGAUGGCUGGUUAGCUUUAGAUCCCAAAAAGCAGUGCUCAAGAGAAGAUGGUGGUGGAUGGUGGUAUAACAGAUGCCAUGCAGCCAAUCCCAAUGGCAGAUACUACUGGGGUGGUCUUUACAGCUGGGACAUGUCCAAGCACGGCACAGAUGAUGGUGUGGUGUGGAUGAACUGGAAGGGAUCAUGGUACUCAAUGAGGAAGAUGUCUAUGAAGAUCAGGCCCUUCUUCCCACAGCAAUAGACCUCCAAAUGUAGACUUUUAUUCUUCU